UUACCAUAGCACAUAUUUCCACAAGCACACAGACACAGACACAGACACAGACACACACACACACCACGCUUCUGCUCUCCAAAUAUACCACUUUUCCUUUUUUCUCUCUUCCCACUAGUUUCAUACUUCUUCAACUCAAAUUCCAUCGUCUCUUAUCAUCAUCCGUCAAAUGUACAGUCAUAAUCAAAAGAACGAUACCCAUCCGGAUCCAUUUGCUGGACAAUACCCACCGCCUCCACCACCACCAGAAUCGUAUGCUCCUACAUCCUCAGGGACGCCACCGGCAGCGGCGGUGACGGCAGCAAUGUCCGUUCCUGCAGCUUCGACGGCAUACUAUCCACCCGUUGCACCGCAACAGACAGGCUACUUUCCACAAGAACCGCAAGAGCAUCCAUGGCCAACCGAUUCUGCUUACAGUAGCCAGCCAUCCACAACAACAGCAGCAAUGCAACAACAGCAGCAAGACUAUUACCAUCCUCCACAGCAACAGCCGUCGUAUGACCACCGACAAUCCUAUGAUCAUCGCCCGUCCUACGAUCAGCCCUACGCACAGCCAUCCUACCGACACCACGACCCAGCAACAUACUACCCGCACCCUAAUACCAGCUACUACACAGAAGACCUUGACGGCCCAUCAUCACCCAACACGCCCAUUAUCCAUAAAACGGAACCUGAAAAUAGCAGCAGUAACAACAACAAGGAAGACGAUGAAGAACAACACGACAAACCAAAGAGUAAAAGUGGAGGCGGAUGGUUCAAAAGGAAGCAAAAGGUGGAGUCGACGCCACCACCACCAGCCAUGUCAGGCCCAUGUCCUGCACCGGAAGAUGAAAAGCCUACAUACCAGCGACCCCAUGAUCCAGAGGACGGCGGAGGCUUCAGGAAUAGCUGCUGCUGCUAUAACCCAGCAUUGACAUGCUGUUCGUUCUUUUGUAUGUUGAUCGCGAUUGCUUUUUUGGCGGGCGGUAUUGCGCUCAUGGUUGCUUCCAAGAUUGUUCGGGAUCGGUGCAACAACGAGUGUGGCGGCAGUGCGGACGAAACCCUGAGCAAUUGUACGGUCCUGUGCUCAAAUGUGCUUCAUGACGGAUUACUUUAUGGAGGAGCGGCUGUCACUGGCCUUGCCGGUAUAGCAGUGAUAUGGAGAUUAUUUAUGUGGUGCUGUGCUGGUUGUUCCAGGAAAUAAGGAUUAUAAAUAAAGAAUUCAGUAAAAAGCAAUCUCUUAUUACUACUUGGUGCACGCAU